CUCGGAACCAAAUUAGGCCCACAAUGCUGUCCACCGCUGGGUGAGCCAAUACCCAGCGUCCUUACUAUCUAUGUCGUGCCCGAGGAGACCCCCGAACAUAAACGAACGGGUGUUCUGUCAUGCGCGUUGUCCAAGAGCUUGUGUGCGUGACAUUGUCGAAUUCCGCGACGCGACGCGACAUGUGGACGCGUCGCGUGCGCGAUUCGUCCCUACAUUAAAACCGCGUACCUUUUAAGCGAACAUUGUCCUUCUCCGAGCCGCGAACAAACUAUUUUCGUCCUUUCAUCUUCAGCAACUUCUACUCCUACAGCUAUCAAUGGCUACUGCACACUCCGUUAUCGCUACGCAUGGAUCUACGUCCACAGCUCAACUAUAUCAGCAUCGUCAACGGUCGACUAUGGAGCUGCAAAGGCAUGGACAACCAUCUAGUUCGUCCACUUCGAGCGCGCCCAACGUCCCUGCCAUCCCUGACUCGAAAGAAGUCUUGCCUUCUCCAUCCCAAAGUCAGGAGCCAGCAGCAACGAUGCGCAUUGCUUCCGAUGCGGGUUAUACAUCGCAAGAACACGUACCAUCAGAGACUAUUCCUGACGCUGGCCGGGAGCGCGUCGCUUCGUCUUCGCAUACACCGCAACGCCGUGUGGCCCGCCGCCACUCCCCACGGCCGAGUGGCUCAACCCCACCUCAGACGAGCGCCGACGCCACUCCGCUUGUCCGCGCCCUCCCCUUCCCAUCUGCCUGGAUGCCGCCACUUCCGUACAAUCUCGACGACAUCCUUUAUUUCCAGGAAGUGCUCACGUCAGAAGAACUUCAAGACUUAGGAGCAGGAGGGAUUGAUUGGAAGGAUCACAGCAAGCUCCCUGAGGGAGAAGAUGUGACUAAGCCAGUCUGCAUGCACCAAUCAGUCAUUGGGAUUUCCUUGACGCAGAAGGCAUUCAUGACUGUGCCCAAGCUUUGCCGGACCGUCACCAUCCAAUGGCCGAAAUUUCCUUCACCCAUCUUACAAUAUGGGGGCCGACAUGUUCAUGACACAUUGUACUCGUUCGUCAGAGCACAGCGGUAUGGGAACGGGCAGAUUGCGCAAGCUCCAGUAGCUCCGGAGUAUAUGCGUAUGCCUCAGUCCGCCUAUCCACCAGGUUUCCAGACCACUCCAUUUCGAGCUGCACCGGUAGCAGAAGGUGCAGAUGAUCCCUUCCCCGCUGCCACUUGGCGCCUCGCGAAGCCCAAGAUCGAGAUGUAUAUGCCCAACGGCGCUACGGAUGAGGCAGUCGGACGUCCUUCAAAACGCUCUCGCCACAAUGCCACCGAGCCAGGACCUCCUCUCGCAGUAUAUACACCUGGUGCUUCUCCUUUGCUGGGACUUGAACACCAUCUGUCCAUUCCUGCGAACGACUUCGAUAUCAGCAAGAUUGAUCCCAUACUUCUAGCUGAGUCUCCUCUCGGCACGAAUGGUGGAUCUAUGUCAUCGCGGGCCCAUAAUUCGAUCGCAAGUUCUUCAUCCCAACAGGUGCAUGCUUUCGUGGCACCGCCGUCCGUCCCUGUCGCGGGCCCAUCCAGGUCCUACGACACCUGGAGUUACCCACCGUUCGAAAACACGCCAGCGGCAAGCCAAUCGCCAGCUCCUGCAGUCUUGCCUCCGGUUGCAUCCUCCUUUUCCGCGGGCCCAUACACAGCUGCCCUGGCAUACCCGUCUCAUCCCUUGCAUACUCCUGCUGACCUAGAGAUCUCCCCGCACGGCGGCUAUCCCCACUCUGGCUCCGUGCCUCCUCCGCAGCAGUCACACAAAGGAAUUUUGGACGAUCUGCAGGACGUGACGGGACUGUCGGAAUUUCAAACGCUGGCAGGUCUGUUGGGAUUGGAGAGAGAAGACGCGUCUGAGCUUGCCUCAGAGGCUCGCGCUUUCACUGGGCCCCCGGAAUCCGAGGUCUCGGAAGGUCGUGAUGGUCCUUCCCAAUCUCGGGCGACAUCGGAGGGCAGUUCUGCCACGCACGAGACCCAUGAAGCCCCUCCGUCCAGCGAAGGAGUAUAACGAGGCAAAGGCUUCGGUCAAGGAUGCGAGUGCCGACGCCGAAGAAAGUGAGGCCUAUGCAAUGUCGUAAAGCUGCCCCUCGCGUGCGGCGCGCUGAAGAGAAGAGGAUCGAGAGCCAAUAUGGAGCGGAAACGAUUCAUCUACAAAACGGGAUGACUUUGAGACUCGCUCAGCUGCUCGAGCCCGCAUGUCAGGUCGUGCAGAAGAAUCAUCUAGAAGCAAUCGGGUUUCAGCCACAGAUGAUCAAUCGGUGAAGCGGAAGAGGCAUUAGAUGUGGAGGCAUUGUCUUAUUAUGGGUUUCUUUCUUCGUUUUUCCAUUGCUUCACUUGUACAAGUAUAAUUCAUCAUCAGUGAUGUUACGUGCAUACUAGCACAGUGGUC